GUCUGACCACACAAAAUGAAAUAAAUCUAUCGUUAAAGGAUUGGAAAUAAAAAUACGUGAAUCUGAAGAAUGAUAAGUACCAACGUUGCCAUAUACCUAACCCACAGGAAAGCAUAAGAACGGAAGCUGCAGCAGUGGUAUCCGCAUUAUUUAAUUAAGUGAUCGAAUCAGGAGGAACAGAAUCACUCAUUUUAAAGGUGGUGGCAGUUCAUCCAAAACAUACGCGUGUGACUUCCAUUGGCUGGAAAAGUAGCACCACGCAAGCCUUGCAGAAAGUGUUUAUAACCAACGCAUAACCAAUAUCUAAAAAUAAAAUUUUCAAAGGUCAUCGAAUUCAACAGCAAUACAGUGGUGAAAGGUCCUCUGAUGUACCCGAUUACCUACUCAAUGGCGAAUCGUCUGUCAAAGUUGAUCACUUCUCUCAUGACUUGUUGCAGUUGUAAGUUGGCAAAAUUUCGCUUGCUAUAGACUUCCUGCACAACGUUGGCAUAUUCUAUCGUGAUAUCAAGCGGGAGAACAUUCUGUUAACGCAAACAUUUCACAUACAGUUGACCGAUUUCGAGGCAUGUACGAAUAUAUAGGCUCUUACAUCUUUACAACGUUCACGACGUUACAAAAUGCCAUGUUAGAUGCGACUUUAAUGAUUCAUCAGCAAGUAAUUCAUUGUUGCAGCAAUAACCCUAGACACGCUCGUAAUUGAAAAAGAAGAAAAAAUAAGUACCCGAUUACCUACUAAAUGGCGAAUCGUCUGUCAAAGUUGAUCACUUCUCUCAUGACUUGUUGCAGUUGUAAGUUGGCAAAAUUUCGCUUGCUAUAGACUUCCUGCACAACGUUGGUAUAUUCUAUCGAGAUGUCAAGCGGGAGAACAUUCUGUUAACGCAAACAUUUCACAUACAGUUGACCAAUUUUGAGGCAUGUACGAAUAUAUAGGUACGAUCUUAUAAAUUUAAACCACAGAUUGAUAUACCAUUAGCUGAAGAAUGGUAACAAACAAAUCCCAAAUAUUGAAGAGUUUAAAUAACUAUAUUGAACGAAAACAAGCAAUGCUACAUUUAGUCUAAAUGUAAGUUUAACAAAAUUGUUAGUUUAACAGAGGGAAUGGAAACGUUGUUAAAUCUAUAUCUUUACGAUGUCUAUUAGAGCUUAGGUUUAGAGUAUAUUUAUAAUCAUAUAUGUAAUAGCGAGUGCAGGUGCAAAAGAGAUAUAACGAAACUCGGCUUCGUCGUGGCAUAGCACAAAUCACCAAACAGUAAACAUUUUUGAGCAAGCUCAGCCCCAACGAAAAACUAGCUUGUACUCGAUUAUUUAAUCAAAGCGUCGACUUCUAGAAUGAACGCACGCUCACAGAUAUUUGAUCUUACUAUGGAAGGUCGCCAGGUGGAUGAGGCAGUGGCCGGCAUAUUUCACACAGUUCUUUUUCACCGCUGUUUGGGCAAAUAUAUGUAUACGGGAGAUGCUCAAUACUCGAUUGGCACCGUGGGGUAUUCAGAUGUUGAUUGCGACUUUAUUGAUUUCACAUAUGUUUGCUGCACAUCAGAUAGCCUAACGCGCAGGGUGAAGCGUGCCAUCAAUUUGUUUAGCGAAAAGUUGCGUUCAAAUGAAAGCUGCGGAUCCGGACAAAUCAGCUUGGAAUUUUUUCAGAAAAAGAAAAAUCGUUGGCUGUUUACACAGGAGUCUAUACCAUGGGAAGUGUGGACAGUACACCUGGAUUUAAUUAAGCACGAAAACGAGGAUGAGCGCCAGCUCUGCCGCGAAAAUGUGUCGGACCUGCUUACCGAAAAGGUUAUAUACAUUACAGAAUUAAUGAACCGACACGAUUAUGUGCCUAAGACUCCAAGUCAAAGCGAGCUUGAUCUGAUCUUCGACACUUCGUUUCCCGAUGUACAGCCAUAUUUGUUCAAAUUCGAUUAUUCAACUUCCGGAUCAACGGCACCUUCAAUGGGAAAUGCCAUGAAAAAAAUCAUCAAAGAAACGCUAGCAAUGUGAUUGGCUGAUUAUGUUAGCAAAGAAUCGUAUGUCUUGGUCUGUGCGUUCAACGUUUUAAGCUUAACUGCGUUAGCUUAACCGACAAUAAUUUAUGUGGCAAUAAUUAUAUAACCUGCUAACUAACCUAAUCCUGAUCUUGUUAGUAUUUUGUGUAUAGCUUUUUCAGGAAAAGCACUAUGAAUCAAAAGGCUUUUUUUUCUUCUUAAAAUCUUUUUGUAAACGGACAUGUAAUAUGUCUAAAAUGUAAUAUAAUCUCUCACUAAAAAACCAUUAAAUGUUUACAGUCAUUUACGAGCUAA